AAUAUGCGGCAGCCAUCUUUGGUGUGGGCAAAGCACCCAGUUGCACACUGAGCUGUCCUUCCCCGCGAGGCUGGCCAAGGCUGAGGCCGUGGCGGCGGCCGGCUUGGUUUCCAUGAUGAUAGCCGCCCGGCCGAGGCGACGGCUACUGCUGCUGAGGAGGCGUCAAGCGGCGGCCCGGUGGCUGGGCGUCCUGUGGCUGGCGUGUGUCGCCGCGGAGGGCGUUGCCGGCGGGGAGCCCCCGCUCAAGUGCGACGAGCUGAGGCUGGGGCAAUAUAUUUGUGAAGAUCCCAAAAUAGACAAUAGCACACAAGAACCACUGAAUUGUACAAAUCACACAGCAAACGUUCCAUGUCGUCCAGCACCAAAUAUUACUUGUAAGGAUCACAGUGGCAAUGAAAACAACUUUACUGGAAAGGAAGUUGGAUUUUACAAACCUAUUGCAUGUCGUAAUGUAAAUGGUUACUCAUACAAAGUGGCAGUGGCUCUGUCUUUAUUUCUUGGAUGGUUGGGAGCAGAUAGAUUUUAUCUUGGGUAUCCCGCCUUAGGUUUGUUAAAGUUCUGCACUGUAGGGUUUUGUGGAAUUGGUAGCCUAAUUGAUUUCAUUCUCAUUUCAAUGCAGAUCGUUGGACCUUCUGAUGGCUCUAGUUACAUUAUAGAUUACUAUGGAGCAAGGCUUACCAGGCUGAGUAUUACCAAUGAGACAUUCAGAAAAACACAGAUGUAUCCUUAAGACUGGCAGGAAGUGUCAUGUACACACAGAGACCUCUUUCAAAUCCCUUGCAUUUACUGAGAGGAAGAUGUACGGAAAACAUGUAAUGGGAAGCCAGUGUCUGCUAAGGACCUGACCGAUACCAACGUCUGUGUGACUGACUGUCCCUGCAUAGUCUGAAGAGAGCAGGACUACCCCACUGUAUGGAUUGCAUAGACAAUAGCAGAAGCCGGGGAAAGGAGGAAUCUUUAUCUUUCAGGGCUGUCAUUUCAUGAUCUCAUCCACUGUAGCCCUAUCAAGCGGAAGAUGUGCACCACUUUUCAGUUAUUUUGUUAAGUAAGCAUGAGCAAUGAACAUCAUGCUAACAGACACAAUUCCUGGUAUCUCAUACAGUAUCUUGAAUUUAAAAGCAUGUGCUAGUGUAAGUGUAUAUCUGGUAGGUUUGGGGGCUGGGAUGAAAAGUGACUGACUUGACAUUCGCUGUCUUUCUCCUAGCUCCUUUGCAAAAGUAGGAACAGAAUCAGAAUAAAAAAUGUUUGUUUUACAGCUGUACCAAGUUACAGCACACUCUCUCUCCUCCUUCCCACUUGCAUCAAGUACAUCCUGUACUUUUGGCAACAUGUUGACUGGAUAUUUAAAAGCUGUGAACUGUUCUGAAAGUUUCACAUAGAGGGUUAUGAGCCAUGUGUGUUUGAUCAAAAUUCAAUUACUGCACUGUACCAUGCUUGGAAACCUAUCAUCCCAGGUUAUGAAGUAUGACGAAAUAGGCUAAUCUAAUUGGUUCAGUAUGGGAGCAGUAUCAACCAAGCUUGUUAUGAUAAAUAGCUUCCUGUGCUAAAGGUUCUCUAGAGCUUAAGUAUCUUGGCUCACCUCCUCCCACAAAAUAAGAAUAUUGUUCCCUGAGAACAGUUACAUCACUGCCCCUCUUCUACAAUCACAAUUAAGGGGUUGUAAAAUUUUUCAUUUUGCUACUCCUUGAAAAGAUAAACAAUGGAAAUAUCUGCCCCAUUCCUCACUUCCCCACUUCUACCUCUUCUCCCCUCACAGCCCCCUCCACUCCCAGCCAAGGCUAGAUCAUCUUGUACUCACCCUGGUUGUUGGAUCUGUUUUACUACUGUUUGAGACAAUCCCAAAGAGGAUGUUAAACUUGGUCCGGGCUGGAGUUUGGGGUUGUAUGGUUUUGUAUUUGGGGGAAUAGAAUUAAAUGAUGAAGCAUAUUAGUAUUUCCAAACAUCUAAUAAAACUGCCUUGUCACAGUGAA